AUGGCUGAGGUGACUGCAGAGGUAGCGGAGGCAAGAGUAGGAGGGACAGACGUGAAGCUGGGGCUUUGGAAGAGGGUGAAGGGGUGGCUGUCACACAGGAAACGAGACAGAGCAUGUCUAAUUGACAGCAGGGAGGCGAGUGCCGAUCUACAGCGCAAUGGGAAGGGUGUUAUGUCGUUGGAUACUGGUGUGGAUGAAGACGGUAGUACUGGCACUGGCUUGUGUUUUGGUAUACCUGGAGACGAUGAAGCUGAGACAAUGUAUGCAGUGCAGUCUUCUAUGCCUGGGAGUGUUGGGGUGAUGCUGUUGAUGCUAGAGACGUCGAUGUUGAAUAACUUGGUGAUGGUGUAUCUGGCUGGAAGAUUUGCAUGGCAUUCUGAAUAA